CGGCAGGAAGCGCCAACUUGUCCGCGCGUAGUGAUCGCGAAGCAGCCGCAGCAUGACGAGCCUUCUGAAGAGCAUCCCGAAGGGCGAUGUGCAGAAAAUAUGCAGCGGCCAAUCAGUCGUGGACCUUGCCACGGCAGUCAAGGAGCUCGUGGAGAAUGCGCUGGAUGCUGGCGCGACCACGGUUGAAGUCAAACUCAAGGAGUUUGGCCAAGUGGGGUUUGAAGUGAGCGACAACGGACAAGGCAUCCCCGAGGCAGAUCACGCAGCAAUUGCGCUCAAGCACUACACGUCCAAAAUUCGAGCGUUCGAAGAUCUGGAGAGAGUCGCGUCGUUUGGAUUCCGCGGCGAAGCGCUGAGUUCAAUCUGCCAACUCUCCGGAAGCUUCAGUGUGCUUACACGCACAGCGGAUGACAGCAUUGGUACAUUGCUGCAAUAUGAUCAAAACGGCGCGUUGGUGUCGUCGUCGAAAAAGGCUCGUGGAAUUGGCACGACCAUCUUCGUCGACGACCUCUUCCGUCCCUUGCCUGUCCGGUACAAGGAUUUCUCGAAGAACAUCAAAAAGCACUAUGGAAAGACUCUUCGCAUCUUGCAAGGGUAUGCCGUGAUCAGCUCCAACGUCAAGUUGUCCUGCAUCAAUAUUGCGGGCAAAAGUAACGCACGGCAGCAAGUUCUGUCGACGGAAGUGAACCCCACCAUCGCCAACAACAUUGCCAACGUGUUUGGGAGCAAGUUUCUCAAGACGUUGUUGGCCGUGGACAUUUCGUUGCCGUAUUGGCCUGAUGCCUCCGGCAGUACCAAUUCAUCCUAUAAAAUCUCUGGGUUUGUGUCGAAAGUAGGAGCUGGCGUUGGCCGGAGUGACAACGAUCGCCAGUUCUUCUUCGUGAAUGGUCGCCCAGUCGACUUUGCCAACGCAACCAAAGCAGUGAACGAAAUCUGGCGCCAGUACGAGAUGAAGCAAAAGCCCGCUUGCAUGCUCAAUUUUGUCCUGCCGCCCGACGCUGUAGACGUCAACGUGACCCCCGACAAGCGAGAAACAUUUCUCAAACAUGAGGCACACAUUGUGGAAUCCCUGAAAAGUGGCCUCACGGACAUGUACGAGCCAUCGCGUGGCACGUUUCAAGUGCAGAGUCUCCUGCCCGUGGCCACCAGCCAACAACAACUUCCUGCGAUACACAAAAAAAGCGCUCUUCAAGUAUCGGUUCCAACUCCACCCGGUGUCUUUUCUGUUCCGUCCAACACGAAUAAUAAACGCCAGCGAGACGCGGAAGAAAGCAAUGAUGUGGCAAGGUCGGACGUCGGGCAGGACUCCAUGCCCGCCGACGACGAAUCAAUACGUCGUAAACGACCUCGGCAUAUUGACGUCCAGCCGCCAUCUGAGACACCAGUUCAACGCGACGCUGAUACAAAUGACGAUGAUACAACAGGCACUGGGGGUGGCUGGAAUGUGACUCGUUCAAACACCAGCCCAUCAAUCCCUGCCGGGGACACUACUUCCUCGUUUCUUCACCCCAGUGCACUCCCCAUGGCGCACUUCCAUCGUAGUCUUGACGACGACCCAUCGACAACGUCUUCGUAUGAGUCGAAUUGCGUACCAGCGUCGCCCAGUUCAACGGCGGCGUCAUGUGCAGCCACACCAUUAUCCAAACACCAGCCACUGGACGAUACGUUGAACACGCCAGCUGCAGCAACUGCAUCAUCGUUCUCAAAUAUGUCGGCCAAGAAGGACACGCCCAAGAAACAUCAGCGCAUGCUCUACUCCAUCUCGAAAGCCACCAUGGAUGAACUCAUUGCCCAACGGAAAUUGUUCGCGCAGCACACGAAACAACAGUCCCAGGAACAUCGUCGACUUUCCCUUCCCCUCGCUUGCACCGUCGCUAACGACCACGGAGACGACGACCUUGUCGAAGCCGCAGUCUCGCUGCAGCGUGUCCUGUCGAAGGCGGACUUUCGCCGAAUGGAAGUGGUCGGACAGUUCAAUUUGGGGUUUAUCAUUGCCCGCCUCGAUCGCGAUUUGUUUAUUAUUGACCAGCACGCCAGCGACGAAAAGUUUCGGUAUGAAAUGCUCCAGCAGACGACCGUGAUUCACCAGCAACCUCUCGUGCGCCCCAUGCCGUUGGAUCUCACCGCGGUCGAAGAAAUGACGAUUCUGGACCAUUUGCCGCUCUUCAAGAAGCAAGGGUUCCACUUUCAAGUCGAUCCGUCGGCCGCCGCGACGCAGAAGCUCAAGUUGAUAUCAGUCCCUUUCAGCAAGCAUACUCAGUGGGGCGUCGAUGAUGUCCGCGAGUUAGUGUCGCUGGUCCUUGAAUCUCCACACGCAGCGUCGACGAUCCGACUGCCCAAAACACUUGCCAUGUUUGCAUCGCGGGCAUGCCGCAGCGCCGUCAUGAUCGGGACGGCGUUGAAACGAGACGAAAUGCAAAAGAUUCUUCUGCAACUGGCAGAACUCGAGCAGCCGUGGAACUGCCCCCAUGGGCGUCCGACCAUGCGCCACCUAGUCGACUUGUCAUGCACAUUGCAGUCGCAAAAAGGGCCGACGGCAUGAGCAUGCAGUUGUGUACUAUUUUAUGCUUCAAGACCCGUUGUCUCACCAUUCUGUUAUCGCGUAUUGUUGUCGUCAGCGAACUGCAACGGCAUUUGGAACACCAUUGACACUUUUGCGAUUGGUACGG